AGCUCGCUGACUGACCCGGAGACCUUCGUUGCGUCGGUGAUGGAAUGAGUACGAUACCGCCCGUACUACACCGCAGCGCGCGUGCCAUCACUCCCCAUGAGUUCCUCGAGGCGCUGCAGGCCACAUGUGCCCCGCGCUUUCCCGGCGCGCGCGGGCGCACUCACCGGCCCAUCGCCGUGGCCGUGAGCGGCGGCGUGGACUCGAUGGCGCUGGCCUAUCUUUGCACCAAGAUCAGGCCCACCGACCAGUGGUUUAAAGUUGCCGACCACCCUGUCAGCAACCCGAUCGGCAUUAUCGUCGACCACGGCUUGCGCGAGGGCAGCGCCGCCGAAGCCGCCAACGUGUCCCAGGCGCUCAAGAAGAUCGGCGUGAAGCCGAACAUCACCAGACUCCGCUGGGCCGAUGUGGUCGAGCCGGGCGUCAACCCCAGUGACCUGCCCAACGUCGAGACCCUGGCCCGCUACCUCCGCUACCGCCGGCUCGGCACCUUCUGCAAGGUCUGGCAGGUCGCCACGCUGCUGACUGCCCACCACGAGGACGACCAGUACGAGACGGUCUUGAUGCGGCUGCUUUCCGGCCACGGGUACCGCGGCUUGCAGGGGAUGCGGCCGGCAACCGACAUCCCGGAGUGCUACGACCUGCACGGCGUGUACCAGAGCGGCUUCGUCGACGAUCAGCGCCGCGAGAACCCCUUCUACAACCUGCGUCCGAGCGAGAAAGAGAGGAAGCAGCUGAAGCGGGGCCUGAGGGAUGAAAUCGAUCCUGCUGUCAUCGCCCGCGAGGUUGAACGGGGCUUGAGAUCAGACAUUGGGACCGCCUACCUGGAGGACUACGAUGGCAUCGCCAAGGGCAAACCUGCCCCCCCUCUGGUGCCGCUCGAGAUCGAGGAUGGCGGCAUCAUGGUGUACCGUCCACUCCUCCGCUUCGGCAAAGACAGGCUGAUCGCCACGUGCCUGGAGAACAGCAUCCCCUGGUUCGACGACCACACCAACGCAGACCAGACGCUAACGCUGCGCAAUGCGGUUCGGCACAUGAUCAAGCACCACAAGCUGCCCGAGGCACUUCAGAAGCCUUCCAUCCUCCGGCUGGCCGAGCGCUGCCGAGCGAGGGUCGCGUCGGCCGAGGCCGAGGCCGGCAGGCUCCUCCGCCGCGUUCGGAUCCACGAGUUUGGGCAGAAUGCCGGCACCCUUGUUGUCACUCUCCCGCGCUUCUAUUUUCCGACUGUCCCGCGGCGGCUCUCCGCAUCUCCGGCCAGCCGGCGACGCCGCACUGAGCACUACCGCCACAUCGCCGCGCUGAUGGUUCGCAGGCUGCUGUCCAUGGUGACGCCGGAGCGAGAACUGAGCCAGCCCGGCCAACUGGGCCAUCUCGUCUCCAUGCUCUUUCCCUCUCUAGCAGACGGCACCCCGCCGCCGGAGCCCAAAGCUUACGUGAUCUGCGGCGUACACUUCGUCCCCCUGAUCGGGGACUACCCGCUCCGCUGGCUGCUCGCGAGAGCCCCCCACGUCUCCAACGUGCCCCGACCGUCGGUCACCUUCCACGAGCUGCCGUUCGGCAGGCGCAUGGACAAGCACCCCCGAGGCUGGAAGACCCAAGGCUGGACCGAGCCACGCAUGUUCGACGGCCGGUACUGGAUCCGCGUCUUGCACCGGCUGCCCUGCAAGCUCCGCGUCGCCCCCUUCGAGAUGGAGCACCACAAGCCCUUCCGGGAGGCCCUGGCCGACGACCAGGCCAGGAAGGAGCUCGCCUCCAUGCUCCGCCGCUACGCCCCGGGCAAGGUCCGCUACACGCUGCCGGCCAUCUACGCCACCCUCGACCGCCGCCUGCAGAGCGCCGCCGCCCACUCCACCCCGCCGCAGCUGCAGCUGCUGGCGCUGCCGACGCUCGGCGUCGGCCUGCCGGGCCUCGAGGACUGGCUGCGCUGGGAGGUGCGGUACCGCAAGGUCGACGACGAGGUGCUGCGGCUGAGCAGGCGCGGCGGGCGGCGCGUCGGCCGCCGCGAGCUGCGCGCCCGCGUCCGCUUCUGGUACCGCUGGAUGAGGCUUGGCUGGGGGAGGAAGGCUGCGCGGGGGAGGGCGGUGGGGGUGCGGAGAGGGAGAGGCGGGGCCGUGAAAGCGGGAGGGUUUAGAUGAUUGUGUUGGGCAUGCAUGCAUGAUGCUGGAUAGAGGGAGGUGAGCAGACGCCGGGCAUCUACACUAGUUCGCAGCUUAGGGUGGAAUGCGAGGCGUUUGUAGACGGUAUCACUAGCUAUGUCUCAGGGGAGUUACACAACACCCC